UGAGAAUCUCUGUGCUAAUGCUCUGCCACUGUUUUAUUUGAAGGUUUGCAACAUAUUUUUGGCCGCAUCGAGCCUCCUGAGGAGGUAGAGGCUACCUGUGGGCUACCCUAACCUUUUACCUGCGCCAAGCAGAGGAUUCUCCAACUUUCUACGGGCAUAAAGCAUCUAGAAUGGCUACCAAGCAGUUGAGGGGUGGAAUUGUCGCAUCCGUGAAGAGGACUGAUGCCUACAUAAGUGCUCUGGGUGAAGCUGAUAUCCCAUUCAUGAGAAGGGACACUAUCAUUUCCCAAAGGGAUCUUGUGUUAUCCUUGAAAGCGCAGUUUAUCAGCAUUCAGGACCAGAUCAUCAGCUCGGCAACUGAUCAGAGAGUCAAGGAAUCCGAAGAGAUCACGAAGGACACCUUCGUGGCCGAUGUUGAUGAAUUGCUGAAUCGCAUUGGAGCAAUAUUGGCUCAUUUCCCUCCGGAAGCUCCUCAGCUACCCAAUACAGGGGAUUUCUGCACAAUCAUGAGGGAACUCAUGCACCAGAAUCGUGAGCAAAUGAAAGAGCUUUUCAAGUCUUUUUCCCCCACCCCAAAUGCUAAUAAAGUUUUCCCUGUGAAAUCAAGUAAUAAGCUCCCUGAGAUAAAAUUGCCUACAUUUAAUGGGGAUUUCGCAGAAUGGAUUUCGUUUAGGGACAAAUUUCGGUCUUCUAUCUCAAACCAUCCCAAUCUCUCCAACGCACAAAAGCUCGACUAUCUCAAUUCAGCCUUGUCUGGGGACGCAGCUUCUACAAUUAAAAACCUACCUGUCACAGAUGAUAAUUUUGAGGUAGCCUGGGAGAUGCUUGUCGAUCGGUUCGAGAAAAAGAAUAAGAUUCUUGCCGCACACAUACGCAAUUUCUUCAACAUGCCCUCUGUCUCUCCCAAUGACAUUAAAGCCAUAAAUAAAAUUUACAAUAUUCUCUCUGAGUCCACCUUAGCUUUGGAUGCCAUCAAAGUGACAAGUCGUGAUCCUUGGCUUAUCCAAUUUAUAUUGGACAAACUUGACUCAGAGUCUAGGGUCCUAUGGGGCAGAGAAUGUGGCGAUGAAGUCCCUACCUUGGACAAAUUUCGUAAAUUUCUGAACCAACGCUGCGAAGAUGCCUCUAAUGCCUCCACUCCACAAUUUAAAUCCACGUCAAAUAAUCGUCCUCAAUAUUCCAAGACCUCUCAGUCUUCCUCUAAGAAACAAGUGAAUGCAUUUCACAACUCAACCACAGCACAGGAUUGCAAGUGCUGUAACGAGGGUUCCCAUCCAAUCUAUAGAUGCUCUCGUUUCCUAGCCCAAUCACCAUCUGAGAGGUAUGAACAUGUAAAGAAGUUCAAUUUGUGCCGCAACUGUCUGGCCUCUCACCACACCACUUCUUGCACCUUCCAUAACUGUAAGAAGUGCCAGGCGCGACACAAUGUUCUGCUCCAUGAGAGGUUUGUUGGCGAGGCUCCUGCCAAUCCUACGGCUCCUUCUCCUCGGCCAUCGAAUACUUCUCCUGCCAAUAAUUCUCGUCCUGUUUCUGAUACACCAACCAAUCCAACACCUGGACCUUCUUCGGUCAGUCUCUCUGCUACAACUCUACCUGCUGAUCGCAUCCCUUCUGCCUGUCCAAAGGUCUUUCUUGCGACAGCACAGGUGGACAUUCUUACCGUUGAUCACCAGAGGAUUCCUUGUCGGGUCAUGUUAGACAGUGGAGCUCAAGUCUGUAUCAUGACCACAAGGCUUUAUCAGAAACUGAGACUUCCUAAAUCCCGUUCGGACAUCUCCAUCCUGGGCGUUGGUAGUCAGGCGAAUCCUGUGAAGCAUAAAGUCACUGCCACUAUCUUCUCUCAGAAGAAUGGCCAAUCUUUCACCUUUGACUGCUACGUCCUCCCGAAGAUUUCGGGCAAUAUUCCGAAUUGGGCCAUUGACUCUAGUGUCAUCCAAUUACCUCCUGACGUCGAUCUUGCUGACCCACAAUGGAAUGUCCAACGCCCAGUCGACUUGUUGAUAUGCGGUGAUGCCUAUUGGGGAAGCCUAUUGUCGGAGAGGAUCAACCUUGGAGUGGGAUUGCCCCAUCUCCAGCAAACCAUCUUUGGAUAUGUGGUGGUUGGUGAGCACCGUCCUCCUCCUUCUGUUCACCAUGUCCUCCAUGUUGAAGCUGUUCCCGCCUUAGAUGAAGCACUCCGCAGAUUCUGGGAAAUAGAGGAUCUGCCUGGUGAUCCAUCCGUUACUGAACAGCAAUUAGAAGCUGAAGCUCACUUUGCGAGCACCUACAAGAGGAAUUCCGAAGGAAGAUUUGUGGUCAAACUUCCCUUCCGAGAAGGACCUGAACUUCUUGGACAUUCACGUCCUCAAGCAAUUUCUCAACUUCUUGCUCUCGAGCGGCAGUUUGAGAAGAAACCACAACUCAAGGCUCUCUAUUCGGACGUCAUGAAAGAUUAUAUGGAGAGAGGUUGGCUUGAGUUGGUCCCACCUGAAGAAUUCAAGUCUCCGGCAUACUACAUGCCUCAUCACGGAGUCUUGAAGGAAUCCAGCACUACCACGAAACUUAGAGUGGUGUAUAACGCAAGUGCGAAAACUUCUUCGGGACAUAGCCUGAAUGAUCUCCUGCUGAUUGGGCCUUCCGUACAACCGGACAUAGCGAUCAUUCUCCUCCAGUUUCGCCUGGCUCCUUUUGCGAUGACGGCGGACAUCUCGAAGAUGUACUUACAAGUGUUGUUGGAUCCCUCCGAUUCUAAUUUCCAAAGGUUGGUCUACAGAGAUUCCCCUCAGGAGCCCAUCCGAGACUAUCGGAUCCCUCGGGUCUGUUUUGGUGUCGCAUCGUCACCAUUCCUAGCCACCCGAGCUCUCAUCCAAUUGGCUCAAGAUUACGAAAGGGAAUUUCCACUAGCCUCUUCUGCUCUGCGAUCGAAUUUCUACGUUGAUGACUGUGUUAUCUCCGCUCCAACACUCGCAGAUGCACAAGAAAUCCAAAGACAACUGAAGGAAGUUCUUCGUCGUGGUGGCUUCUUGCUUACCAAGUGGUCCAGCAAUCACCCUAGUCUUUGUCCAUUACCGGAUCAGGAUCCUGCAUCCGGGGAGGUUACUGUUGAGAGUCCAAUCACAAGUGCUCUUGGUCUGUCUUGGGACUCCUCAACCGAUGAGUUCAAAACCCAUGCUCCUGUGGAUGUGUCAGAAGAGGUCAGGACGAAAAGACACAUCUCAUCCUGCAUUGCUAGAUUUUACGACCCAUUAGGUCUUUGGGGGCCAGUGAUCAUUGAGGGUAAAAUCAUGCUCCAGGAUCUGCAUGAGCUCAAGAAAGGUUGGGACGUGUUGGUGCCUCCAGAGUACCGUAAAAGAUGGAAGGACUUUGUUCUUCGUCUCCAAACUAUCAAAGAUGUCAGCAUUCCGCGCUGGAUUUCUUGCUUCCAAUCUCCAGAUCGUGUUGAGCUUCACACUUUCUGCGAUGCCAGUACACGGGCCUAUGGAGUUGCUGUGUACAUUGUGACUGGCUCCGGAGAUGAAUCCUGUGCGAGAUUGUUGCUUGCCAAGUCCCGAGUAGCUCCACUGAGCCAACUCACUAUACCGAAGUUAGAGUUGUGUGGUGCUACCUUAGCAGCUGAAACCAUUGCCAAGUUCACUGAUGCUGUUGGACCAGAUGCAAUCCAUUUCUGGACUGACUCCACGAUUGUCCUGCACUGGAUCCACAGCCCUCCACAAUCCUACAAAGUAUUUGUAGCCCAUCGUGUUCAGCGCAUCCGGAAGCAUUCUUCACCUGAUCAGUGGCGCCACGUAGUGUCCGAAGAAAAUCCUGCAGACAUCAUUUCUCGUGGUGUCUCUCCUUCACAGCUCAUGGACAAUAGUUUAUGGUUUGAGGGUCCCGAAUGGAUUAGAUGUCCAGAGAGAUCAUGGCCACCACCCUUCAAUCCCACUGCCUGUCCUGAGGCCAAUUGUUUUCUGAUCAAGGCGAAGGAGUUUGUCUUUGGAGAUCUACUUCGAAUGUUCUCAUCUAUUCUCAAGGUCCAACGGAUCGUUGCAUACUGCUUGAGAUUUACCUAUAGAGGUCCUCGUCCGCUUCCCAAGACCAAUUUAGCCAUUACAGCUGUCGAGAUGGAGAGAGCACUCCUUUUCCUCAUUAAGAUGGACCAACAAAGCUCUCUUCCGGAGGUUUGUGCUCAGCUGGAAAAGGGUGAGGCGCUUUCACGUGAGUGGAAGUCGCUUCAGAGUCUUGCUCUAUUCUUGGAUAGAGAUGGCAUUAUCAGAGUUGGUGGAAGACUCAAGAAUGCGGAUGAGCCCUUCUCGACCAGACACCCAGUAUUGCUCCCAAGGUCCCUACUCACUUAUAGAAUCGUGCGUCAUGAGCAUUCCAAACAGUUGCACGCUCCUCCUACACUCUUAUUGGCUUCCGUUCGCCAGAAGUUCUGGCCAAUAGCUGGUCGAAAUCUUGCCAAGAGAGUUGUGCACGAUUGCCUGAAGUGCUACCUGAAGAAGCCCAAACCCUUGGACCAAUUAAUGGGUGAUCUACCCGACCAUAGGGUAAAUUUGUAUCGGCCCUUCCAAGCAACUGGUGUAGACUUCGCCGGCCCGCUCAACAUGAUCUCUUCCGCGACCCGGGGAGCACGGUCCCGGAAAUCAGGAACCCAGAAAGUCUACUUUGCCAUCUUCGUUUGCAUGGCAACGAAGGCAGCACACCUCGAGUUAGUGUCUUCGCUUUCAACGGAAGCAUUUUUAGCCGCCUUCAGACGGUUCGCAGCCAGAAGAAGUACUCCUCGACAUAUCUAUUCUGACUGCGGGAAGAAUUUAGAGGGUGCUGCAAACGAGCUUAUCCGACUCUUCAAUCAGGAAGCGGCUCAGCAAGAGAUUGUGAACCGCACUCAGGAUGAUGGUAUCACGUGGCAUUUCAACCCUCCUGCCUCUCCUCACCAUGGUGGUCUGUGGGAGGCCUGCGUGAAGAGCACCAAGUACCACUUGGUUCGUGCCACGACGUCUUCUGCUCUCUCCUAUGAAGAGUUCCACACUAUUCUAUGUCAAAUAGAAUCCGUCCUAAACAGUCGACCUCUGUGUCUGCUGUCCGAUGAUCCCAACGAGAGGGACUAUCUCACACCUGGCCAUUUCUUGGUGGGAGCCCCUGGAAACGCUCCACCGGACCCGGACCUGUCACACAUUCCAGAAAAUCGUCUCUCAUACUGGCAACAUUGUCAAAGGCGUGUGCAGGAGUUUGGUAGAAAAUGGAGACUUCACUACCUCAACACCCUCCAACAAAGACCGCGAUGGAAGAUCGCUCGAGAGAAUUUAAAGGUAGAUGAAGUGAUCUUACUCCUGGAUGAGACGAAAGAGGGUUCGAAGUGGGUGCUCGGACGAGUGAAAACCAUCCAUCCUGGCACUGACGGCAGGGUGAGAGUGGUCUCAGUGAGGACUUCAAGAGGAGUGUACAAACGUCCAAUAACGAAAAUCGCCAGACUUCCCCAAUCUACAGAAGACUCUUCUGGACUGCACCAGGAGGCGCACGCCCAGACCGGGGAGGAUGUUGGGGUUUUAGUGUAA